AUGUCGAGCCUCGCGAUUCUCGUCGCUUGUCUAGUCCAGCACGCCUUUGCCGUACCACUGCUGCUCCCGAGGAUGCCCCUGAGCGAACGCGCAGACGAAGUCAAAGCAGAAACUGAAGCCGAAGCCAUCUCCAUCUCCGGCAGCGAAGCCACCGGCGUCCCUCGCUUCGCCGACUUGGGCAUCAUCGUCUCCGCAGGAGGCAAGUCCCGAGUUCCCUCGUUCUUGUGCGUGGAUACACGGGCUAACACGAACGCCCCUCCAGUCCUCGGGUGCUUAAUCCUUGCCUUCGCCGUCGUAUCCUACUUCCGCCGCAGAAAAGAAAAUCGGGCUUCCACGCCGGCGCCCGCAGUCCUCAACAAGGCCGAGGGCGGGCUUGCGCCGUGUGCUACCACGCCGCGCCAGAGGACCCAGUCGAAGCUGUUUGAUGACUUGGUCCGCGCGGCCUAUGCCGCCCACGAAGCAUCCUGCGCGCCGGCCCAUGCUGACCCGGCGACGAGGCGGAAGAGCGUGGCCAGCGGCAUCAUCUACAACGGCGUGCCGUCAGUUGACGCAACGGCGCAGAAGCGUAAGAGUGUUGCAGUACCGAACUUCUUCUGA